GCCCGGCCCAGCGAGCUGACAGCCGCGCUCGGACACAGCCUGGCCCGACGCCGCCAUGAGCGCCGCGCUCUUCAGCCUGGACGGCCCUGCGCGCGGCGCGCCCUGGGCCGCGGAGCCCACGCCAUUCUACGAGCCGGGCCGGGCGGGCAAGCCGGGCCGCGGGGCCGAGCCGGGGGCCCUGGCCGAGCCGGGCGCCGCUGCCCCGGCUAUGUACGACGACGAGAGCGCCAUCGACUUCAGCGCCUACAUCGACUCCAUGGCCGCCGUGCCUACCCUGGAGCUGUGCCACGAUGAGCUCUUCGCUGACCUUUUCAACAGCAACCACAAGGCGGGCGCGGCGGGCGCGAGCGCGGGCGCCCUGGAGCUGCUGCCCGGCCGGCGCGAGCGCAACAACAUCGCCGUGCGCAAGAGCCGCGACAAGGCCAAGCGGCGCAACCAGGAGAUGCAGCAGAAGCUGGUGGAGCUGUCGGCCGAGAACGAGAAGCUGCACCAGCGCGUGGAGCAGCUCACGCGGGACCUGGCCGGCCUCCGGCAGUUCUUCAAACAGCUGCCCAGCCCGCCCUUCCUUCCGGCCGCGGGGGCCGCGGACUGCCGGUAACGCGCGGCCCGGCGGGGAGAGACUCACCAACGACCGAUACCUCAGACCCGACGGGCCGGAGCGGAGCGCGCCCUGCCGGGUGCCGCGAGUGCCGCCCGGCGCCGGCUGCAGUUUCUUUGGGACGUGUGAGCGAAAGGAAGCUGCAGCCUGGAUUUACCACCACUGAACUUCGAGAGAAGCUAUGUGUGUUUAUUUUCCCUUAAAUUAUUUUUAUAAUGGUAGCUUUUUCUACACCUUACUCUUAUUGAUGCAGCUAAGGUACAUUUGUUAAAAGAAAAAAAAAAAGACUUCAGACAAACCCUUUGUAUUGUAGAUAAGAGGAAAAGACGGAGCAUGCUCCUUUUUUUAUAAUAAUUUUUACAGUAUUUGUAAGAAUAAAGCAGCAUUUAAAACCAA